AUGGCCACCCUGCAGCAGCAGCAGAACUCUCUGAUGAGAAAGGUGAAGAGGACCCUGCCCAGCCCGCCUCCAGAAGAAAGCCCUCUCCCCAUCGUCACCCCAGCCAUGUCCCACAUGUACAGCAGCUCUCCAGGGAUGCAGCCCCAGAGGGUGCUGCCCAGGCCCGCCCAGGGGGUCACUAAGGCCGGCCUGCUGAGCGAACUGAAGGCCGUGGAGCAGGAGUCUACCAAGCUCCGCAAGCAGCAGCAGGAGUUGGAGGAGGAGGAGAAGGAGAUUGACGCCAAGCUGCGAUACCUGGAACUGGGCAUCCAUCAGCGCAAGGAGACCCUGGUGAAGGAGAGGGAGAGGAGGGAGCUGGCCUACAUGCGCUGCAUGGGCGACGCCCGCGACUACAUGUCGGACACAGAGCUCAACAACCUGAGGAUGGUUGCGGCCACGGGGACGUUCGAUGGUAACGGUCUGCUGACGAGGCCCAGCACGGCGCCGCUGAGCCAGUUCACCAACGACCUCGGCCCGGCCUACCAGUACCCGCCCACCUCCUCCUACAUGGCCUAUCAGUACCCACAGAGCCAGCCCACGCCCACACAGCAGCCAACCGCUGCUUACCAACAGAUCGGUUUCCAGCCCCCUCAGUACCCAACAGCCGGCCAGCCCCAGCCAGGCACCUUCCAGCCCCACCCACCCCAAGGCCCAGGUUACCAGACCCAGCCAGGCUACCCAGCCCACGGGGGCUACGGCCAGCCUUCCUUCCAGACAGACUUGGGCAUGCAGCAGCAUAGCCACCAGGGUUUCCAGCCUCCCAACCCCUCUAUCCCGGGCCAACACCUCCCCUACCCAGGCCAGAGCCCCUACCCUGGCCAGGGGAUGUCCUAUCAGCCCCAGGCUGAGAUCCUCACCGUCCACCAGAGGCCUCGUCAGACCUCCCUGGCCGACCUGGAACAGAAGCUGCCCACCAACUACGAGGUGAUCAGUAACCCUGCCGUGUCGGUGGCCACAUCAGCUCCAGACACCUGCUUUGGCUCAGUCUAUGCCUCUAACACCAUGCCCAACGCCUACGGGCAGUAUCGCCCCCCGGAGCCUGUGCUGACCCACGGCGUGGACAGCCCCACAUCAGCCUAUGCUGCAGACGGCCUCUACACCUCCAACCUGGAGCAGAACAUCCCCAGGAACUACGUCAUGAUUGACGACAUCAGCGAGCUGACCAAAGAGAACACGGGCCCUGCUGUUGAUGCUCUUGUCCAUCCAAUAGGAGGACGCUACGGUGAGAAUGGCCCCGUGCGCCAGACUGGUUACGGCAAUGAGCCUGUGGACCCAUACAUGCCUGCAGGCACCACGGGCUACCACCAGCAGGGCGCUGUGGACCCCAGGACCAGCACUACUGGGGGAUCUUCUUAUUACUAUGACGACUAUAAUAAACACCCCAGCACAACACGUCCAGGGGGCCCAGGGACCCAGAAACACCCAUCCAAGAAUCUGGCCCCUGCCGUGGUCUCCUCCGGUAAGCGCAGCAAGCACAGGAAGCAAGGCAUGGAGCAGAAGAUCUCAAAGUUCUCCCCCAUCGAGGAGGCGCGGGAUGUGGAGUCUGACCUGGCCUCUUACACCAUGACCACCUCCACCGGCGGCAGCUGCACCGUGGUAUCCCGGUCCGGAGUGAAGAAGAGCGGCUACGACCAGCAGAAGUACUAUGGCGGCCAGCCUGGAAGCCGGGAAGCACUGGAAGAGGAGGACCGGAUGUACGGCUCGGGGAGAUCCCGGUCUACAGGCUACGGCAUGGACAAGAUCUCCUCCAGGGACACCUCAGGCUACAGGAGCAAGUCCUACGAGAGGGAUGCCAUGGAGCGGUCUCAGAGAGGUAGCCGUGGUGGACGGAACUCAGAGGAGGAGAGCCCCCUCAGCCCCGUGGGGAAGCCCGUUGGAAUCGGACGAGCCGGCACUGGGGUACCAGGUGACCCCCAUGACGUGAGGAACCAGUACGGCUCCAGCCACUCCCUGCCGGACGUCCAGGAUCACCACAUGAAGGACAUGCCCAGGAGCCACGUGUACAAACCAGAUGAUCCAUACCUUGUAGACGACAUGCAUGCAGCCGUGUCGGACAGCGAAGGUAACUGGUGCUGAAUGCCACUAACUGCCUGACCUCCUCUGUCUCUUUGUCUUCUGGAAAGAGUCUGCAUGCCAAGUGUAGUCUUCAGAGCAGCAUGACGGUUCCUUCUGUUUUGUGACUGUUGAAAAGACGUGCAUGUUGUGCCCAAUGCAUAAACCGCAUAUGCCUAUGUUAAGUUUCUCUUUUUCUCUUUUUGCAUGCUGAAAACAUUUUUCUUUUUUUUGUUUUGUGAUUUGACACGUUUUUGCUGUUUUUUGUUUGACUCUGAAAGACUUUGCAUGUUUCUGAGACUUUGGGCCCAUCUUUUUGUCUGUCGUCUGCAUGGCUUCAGUUCAGUCUGAUUGUCUCCUCUCUUCUCCUCUCUACACAUCACAAAAGGAAACUGACUGAUGAUAAUCUUUGUUGUCCAAAAAGCCUAUCAUCUGGGUCAGGAGGAGACCGACUGGUUUGAGAAGCCGAGGGAGGCUCGCGCCAACCGCUCCAGACACCACGGGAGCGCAGGCCACAUCUCCACUGGUAGACAACAGACCAGCGCCAAUGUGAAGCACACCUACCACGACUACGACGAGCCCCCCGAGGAGCAGGACCUGUGGCCUCAGGACGAGUACAACAACCAACCUCGCCACCCCUCGUCCACCUCAUCAUCCCGUGACCACCGUGGUCAUCAUGGCAGUAGCGGCGGCAGCUCGGGGAGGCACUCCUCUUCCCGCCACUCCGGCGAGGAGCCCCGGUUGUCCAGCCGCUCCUCCAGAACACACCCCAAAGACCCAUCCACCCGCUCUGAGGGCCGUGGAUCCUCCUCCACCCAGAAGAGGGGAGGCUCGGACCCCCGUUCCUCCCGGGAGGGCUACCGGGACCGGGACUCUGGGGACUACUCCUCCCGUGACCCGGCCUCCGGACACCACCGCGAGGGCACCGGGGGCAGGGGUCAGAGGCCGCCGGGCUCGUCCUCCAGGAGACAGGAGGGGGUGCCCUCUGCAGGGGCCAAGCAGGGCCAGGGGCAGCAACCCCAGGGCGGUCCAGGCGGGCCCCAGCAGCAGGGGCAGCGUUCCAGUGGGCAGCCCCAGUCAGGCAGGCAGCCUGGGUCCCAGGGGCCAGACGGGGGACAGCCGGCCCAGCAGCCUGGCCAGCAGCAGCAGCAACGCACCCAGCAGCAGCAGCAGCCCCUGCAGCAGAGCCAGCUUCCUCAGACCACUGCUGGGGGGCCUCAGGCCAAUUCAGGCAACGCGGGGCCAGGACCCAUGGCAGGACCAGGGACAGGAGCAGGGACAGGAGCAGGGACAGGAGCAGGGACAGGACCAGGGACAGGACCAGGGACAGGAGCAGGGACAGGAGCAGGGACAGGAGCAGGGACAGGACCAGGGACAGGACCAGGGACAGGACCAGGGACGGCACAGCAGCAGGCUAAACCUGGCCAGACUCCGGCACAAGGCCGGCAGCCAGCAGGACCCACCGCAGGCCAGCCACCAACCACAGCCGUAAGUACACCUUAGAUGGGGUUGGUAGUUCAAGAUCCAUUGAAUGUCAUGUGAAAAUGGAUUAUCCUUGUAAUAAUUGUGAUUUUUUUUGUGAUCUUACUUUACACCUCUUGGUGAACAGCUAGACAGUAAAGAUUUUGUUUCCCUCUCUUUCUGUUUUGUGACAGGCGACCCCUGCUACACCUGCAGCAGCCAUUGGGGGGGCCAAACCUGCAGCAGCCAUUGGGGGGGCAGCAGCAGCACAGCCUCCCAAGACAGCCACACCCCCCCUCAUAGGCAUUGGUGAGACUGACAUCUCCCCUAUAGUCACACUGCAUGAAUACAGUACUCUAUUUGCAAACUCAAACACAGAAUAACAUAGUACCCAAACACAGAAUAACAUACUACCCAAACACAGAAUGGCAACUACCCACACCCAGAAUGACAUACUACCCAAACACAGAAUGACAUGCAACCCAAACACAGAAUGACAUACUACCCAAACACAGAAGGACAUACUACCCAAACACAGAAUGACAUGCCCCCGACAUACCCUCUGACAGUGUUGUUGUUGUUCCUCUGCAGGCUCUAAAGCAGCCCCUCCUGGAGGGAUAGGUAGCAGGCCUGGUGGGAUCGGCAGUGCAGCGGCAGGCCAGCUCCCAGCGGACGGGGGAAACGUUCUCACCAAUAUCCUGGGAGGGGCGGGAGGGGCUGCCGAACAGGCAGGGAAACUGGGUGAUGGUAAGGCCCCGAGUACCUGAAUACUGGAGCAUGGCACAGAUACGCUGGGUGCAUCUCAAAAGAGUCCUAUGGGCCCUGGUCAAAAGUAGUGCACUAUAGAGGGAAUAGGAUGUAAUUUGGGACACGACAAGAGUCUGAUGUGGAAGGAAUUACAGUUGAACAAUUCCUGUAUGGUGUGUGUGUGUGCAUUGGUGGAAAAAGUACGCAAUUGUCAUGCUUGAGAAAAAGUAAAGAUACCUUAACAGAAAAUGACACAAGUAAAAGUGAAAGUCACCCAGUAAAAUACUACUUGAGUAAAAGUCUAAAAGUAUUUGGUUUUAAAUAUACUUAAGUAUCAAAGGUAAAAGUAUAAAUUAUUUCAAAUUCCUUAUAUUAAGCAAACAAGACGGCACCAUUUUCUUAUUUAUUUUAUUUACGGAUAGCCAAGGGCGCACAUCAACACUCAGACUUAAUUUACAAAUGAAGCAUUUGUGUUUAGUGAGUCCGCCAGAUCAGAGGCAGUAGAGAUGACCAGGGAUGCUCUCUUGAAAAGUGUGUGAAUUGGAGCCUUUUCCUGUCCUGCUAAGCAUACAAAAUGUAACGGGUACUUUUCGGUGUCAGGGAAAAUGUAUGGAGUAAAAAGUACAUUAUUUUCUUUAGGAAUGUAGUGGAUUAAAAGUAAAUGUUGUCAAAAAUAUAAAAAGUAAAGUACAGAUACCCCCAAAAACGACUUAAGUAGUACUUUAAAGUAUUUUUACUUAAGUACUUUACACCACUGUGUGUGUGUCCUUAGUCAUUGAUGUUCUUUCUUAGCGAUUGAACAUAAUGCAAACAUGGAUCCUUUAUAAGAUGUACUGUACACCCCUACUACAGAAUAUUCUGUGAAAAUGUAGUAUUGUACUAACUUACUGUCCUAAACAUUAUUCUUUCUUUCUUUCUUUUUAUUCCCCUCCUUCCCCAUCUAUUCUCUAUCACUUUUACACAGCUAUUUCUGGCCUCGGCAAGAAGUUCACUUCGUUUUGGUGAACGGAAGAGAGGAGGGUAAAUGCAAUUGAUUUGUUUGUGAUUUUCUUAGAUGUAAGGUUUACUUAGUUGACACUUGCACUUUGCUUGUGUGUUGUGGAAGUCCCAGGGGUGAGGGACAGCUUGUGUUUGUCUUACAGGGUAUGAGGAGUUGAGAUGGAGGGGGAUUGGAGGCUCGGUACUGGAAAAACCUAUGAAACUGUUCACAGCAUUUUAUACAUUUCACUAUCACAAGGAAACGGAGGAGGAGGGAGGAGGAGGGUACCUGAGCGCAUCA